AGUAGGUUCCCCAUUAUUUAAUAUAAAUAUUAUAUGAUUUUGUACAUUUUGUGUUUUCCGGUUGCACUGAAAUCGCGAACCCCAAAUAAGUACCAACACAGAACCACAGAACCCUACUUUUUUAGUUUUUUUAUAGUUCAACACGUGUGAUUCAGUAAAAUUGUAAGAUUAUUAGUUAUUCGUAUUUGAUAAGAAAUCUGGACUAGUGAAAAUGUAAAAUUCGUAAAGAAAAUAAGUAAAUAAUAAUAACUAAUAAAUUAUUUUAUUUAAUAGUAAAUAAAGUAUUAAUAAUAUUAUUUUUAAUUGUUCAAAAAUAUAACACAAUAAAUCUUACAUUUUUAAAUAACAAUAUUUUAUAAUAACUCAAAUAGACAGUUUAAGAUAUAUUCAUCAACGUUUGUGUGGAUCUAUUUAUUGAAUAUAGUUAUUACACAAAAUGGAAGAAUUUACUAUGCUACGAUCAAUGUUGGACAUAUUAAAUAGUAAACAUACUAAUAAAAAAAAAGCCGUUAUAGAAGCACUGCCUAUACUAUUAGAUACAUAUGAUGUAAAUGAAGAAAUAGAUGUUUAUAAUUUGAUUGUGACGAAUGCAAAAAACUUGUGUUUUCAAGUUUUUGAUCCUCAGUCGGAAAGUUUAGCUUGGAAAGAUUCAGAUGUGUCAUUAGAUGAUUUAAAAUCCUUGUUAGUUUAUUUUAUUAAUAUAAUAAAAAAACAAAAUAGUGCUGAUAUUGUUCAGUUAUUUCAAUAUAGUAUAGAAUUAACAAAUAAAGUUGAUUUUAAAAAUUGUUCCAAUGAAAGAAUGAGAAAUAUUGGAUUUUGUAUGCAGAACAUAUUUAUGCCAGGUAAUGGUAAUAUGGAUAAUAACACACAACUCAAUAAUUUAAGAAAUACAUUAUUAAAUAUACUCAAUGAACCAUACUUAAAUAAAAAUAAAUUAGAUGCUGUAAUAAUCUUAUUGAAUAAUAUUGUAUCAACUAAUUAUAUACAUAUUUUAUGGAAACAUAUUAAACCUAUAAUCAAAAUUCAUCCGGAUCGUAUAAUGAAUUUACUAUUCAACAUGCAAUCUUUAUUCUUUGAUUCUUCAUGUAUUAGUGUUAUUUUGAAUGAUGAUGAUUUUUGGAAUCUAACAUGUAAUUUAUUAACCAUUGAAAAUAAUGUUAUUAGAACUUAUAAUAAUGUCAUACUUAAACUAUCAUACUCCCAAUUAUUAAGUGAAAAUGUCAAUUACUGCCCAAACAAAAGUAAAGAACAGUAUGUUAAAGUAUGGAAUGAUUAUAUGGUUGUAAUGGAAACUCUAGAAAAUACUCAACAACAUUUAACUUUGCCAAUUCUGAGUACUGCUAAAAAACUUGCAUUAAACAAAACUGAUGAUAAUUAUGAUAAUUACAAGUUACCUUUAAAGUGGAUUACAGCUAUGUAUUGUAAAAUGUCUAAGCACAGUUCCAAAUAUGUUGUCUUAGCAAGUAUAGACAUCAUCACAAAUAUGCCAAUAAUAUCAUUAAAAACAAAUGAACAAUUAUUACUGUCAUUUGUGAAUUCAUUAAACAAUGUGUUUUUAUAUAAAAUGUCUAGUGACAUUUUUGUAAACCAACCUCAAUUGGAAAUUAUAUUGUCAUUAUGGUUUAAUAAACUUAUGAUGUCCAAUGAUGGUCACGAUGUAUUUGGCAUAUUUUUAUUGUAUCUGCCAACUAUUAAGUGGUCAAUUGUACCUUUAACAUACUUGACAAAAUCAUUAGCUGAUAUUUCACCAGAUUGUCCUUUAAGAUUUAAUAUUAUUAAUCAUGUACUCAAAAUAAAGGCUGUCAUUGAAAAAAUGCCAAAUUCAUACUUGAAAACUAUUGUGUUAACAUUUUUAUUUACAUUUACUUGUAAAUUUACUUUUGACGUUAAUACUGAAUUUGAUUGUGAUUUAUUUGAUUGCAUAAUUGUAUACCAAAAUGAAACAAAAUCUUGGAACUAUAUGGUAAAUUUAAUCCAAAAAAUAAAUGAUUUGAAUUAUUUAGACAAGCAAUUAUCACAACGCAUAAAUGAAAAGAAUAAAAUAUAUUCGACAUCUAUUGGAUUAUUAUUUUUAUCAAAUAUUUUUAGUAAUUCUCCAAUAAGCAUAAAAAAAUUAGAUGAAAUUUGUUGUAAGAUGGAAGAUAUAUCAGAUUUGUUAGAAUUUUUAGAAUGUUUAUUGGAAGUCGAAGACCACUUUGGUAGAUAUGACACUUCUGUUAGUCAAAUAUUAAGUAAACAUAUUUGGCCAAUUAUAACAAAUUGGGUUGAAAAAUGUUUUCAAAUAUUAGAAGAAAAUUCUUGUGAUGAUCAAGCUAUUUGUCGCUUUCUGGACAAAGUUUUAUCCUCAAAUCGAAUAGUAGAUAGUACAAACUCUAUGAAUAUUUGGCUUCACAAAUGUUAUUCUAUUCUUACCAAAUACUCUGGCAAUUAUUCUAUUUUAGCAAUAUAUAGCUGGAUUGGUAAAUAUGCAACAAAAUAUUCUUUUGAAGAUAAAUUAAAAAAUGAUUGGCUAUCUUUCACUAAGUAUUUCAUUGAUGCUGGAUUUUUUUCCAUUAAAAAUCAAGAUUUUUAUCGUUCAAGAAAACCAGGAAUGCAUCAAAUUCCCCAAUUGGAUAUAAUCAAUACAUUUUUCCAACAUUCUACUGUACCCAAAGAACAAAUGUUGGGUAUACUUGAAUGGUUAAUGGAUAAAACUUUGGAGCGUCAUGAUUUAUAUUGGAGUAUAUAUUUUUCAACUGCUAAGUCAUUUUUAUGUAAAUUUCCAAUUCAAGAACAUUCUCAGUUAAUAAUACAAUUUAUCCAAAAUUGUUGGGACUUUCUAGUUGAUUGUCGAGUAUCUUGUUUUCCUAAUGCUACCAAAAGUUUUAUUAAAAUGGCUUUUCAUAACAAUUUGUUAUUAGAAGAAAAAUAUAAAACAUUUAUUAAAAAUCAGGUUAUCCAAAAUCUUUUAACUGAAAAUUACCGUUAUAAAUUUAGUGUUUGUUUCUCUUUACUUCUUCUUCAUUUUUUAGAGGAAGAUUGUUCCAUUAAUAUUUUAGAAUUAAAUUUUUUAAUGUCUGAAUUUUUUGCUAAAUGUUUAUUAUUCAGUAUUGAUCGAUAUGGUGCUAUUAAAAUUGAAUGGGACACACUUGAAUAUGUACGGACAUUGAAUGAUUCUUUUCCAUUUAUCAAUGAUAUUCCAAUUGAGUGUUUGCCAGAUGAUAAAUAUUUACGUUUUAAAACGAUUAAAUACUUGUACAAACUAAAUUCCAAUAUAUUAUGGAAAAAUGUUUUGGAUAUAAUCAUUAAGACAGAGUCAUCUUUAAGAGAUAGAAAAUUUUUUCAUAAUUCAAAAGCAUAUCGUAUAAAGCAGCGAGUAGUACAAGUUUUGCUUAUUGUUGCUUGUGACAAACAACAUGAGACAUUGAUAUUCGAUGAAAAUAUAUAUAAAUGGUCAUUAUCAAGUUUAAAAGAAGUUUCUCACAUACAUAGUGUUGCAUAUCAAUUAAUAUGGUUAUUGGUUUUAAUAUAUAAUAGAUGUAAAAGUUUUUAUAACUUUUGGAAUGACUUCAAAACUGCCCAAGAAAAUCAUAAUUGUAUGUGCAGCUUUAUAUCCAUAGUAUAUCACUUACACAAAAUAAAGAAUAACAAACAAUUUGAAAUUGAAGCUAAAAAGAAUCUCUUACCUCUAUGCUUUUCAAAUGGUUAUAAAAUACGGUUUUAUGCUCAGUCAACAAUUUUUAGAUUAUGUUCUAAUAAUCCCGAAGAAAACGAAUGGUCAUUAUUAUGUGAAUCUAUGGGAAGUAUAAUAGAUCAAAAUGAACAAACUAAAAAGUAUGAAAAUCCAUUUGACGAUUUUUUCUAUCAAGAAUUAGAUAUGAUAAAUUCUUUAUCUUUAAAAAAUAUAUGUAUAGAGUUACCUAGAUUAUUAAAUAUAAUUCAUGAAGAAAGUUUUCCGAUUAAAUGGUUUAAUGAUUUCUUGGAGGCUAUGAAUAAUGAUGAUAAAUAUGAUUUGUCACUCUGUGCAGUCUCAUCCUUUAUUGAGAAAAAUACUUCUCCAGUAUCAUCAAAUGAAGUUAUUGUCUUAGAUAAUGCUCAAAAUGCUCAAAGGAAGUAUAUUCCAUCUCAACCUCUAGAUGAACACACAUCUAAAUCAAUGUUAAUAGUUGUUGCAUCUUUGAUAGAUAAAGUAACUAAUUUAGGUGGCUUAGCUAGAACCUGCCAAGUAUUUGGAGCCUCCACUUUAGUUGUUGAUAAUUUAUCAUGUGUAGAAAAAAAAGAAUUUACAGCAUUAAGUAUGACUGCAGAAAAACAUCAAUAUAUUGUUGAGAUUAGAGUUAAAAACCUAAAAUCAUAUUUACAAAAAAAGAAAAUUGAAGGAUAUCAAAUUGUGGCUGCGGAACAAACAGUAGAUAGUAUUAAGUUGCAUGAUAUCAAGUUGCCAUUUAAAUGUGUUCUACUUCUAGGCAAUGAAACCUCUGGUAUUCCACAUGAUUUGUUAAGCACUAUGGAUAUAUGUGUCGAAAUAGAGCAAUUGGGUAUUGUCAGAUCAUUAAAUGUACAUGUUGCUGGUUCAUUAUUUAUCUGGGAAUACACCAAACAACAUUGUUUAACAUUUUCUAACUGAUUUAAUUAUUUCACCAAGAAAUUGAUCAUUAUAAAAAUAAUUAAUAAAUACAUUUUUACAUUAAGGUA